CUGAUCGUCAAUCCGUCCCGCGUCUUCACUCUGGCCGAGCUGCAGGCGGCAAUGGCCGAAUACCGCUCCGCCUGGAAGGCCGCCGGCCAUCAGGGAGAGGGCAAGGUGGGCCUGCGGGUGCCAAUCUAUGUCCAUGAGGACGCCGAACUGGCUUACCGCAACCCCAAGGAAUCCGCGAUGAACUCGAUGUCCCGCCUGGGCGAGCGCGUCGGUUCCUAUGCCGGCCGCACCGGAACCCUGGGCGACUGGGCCGAGCAGAGCCGCCGGAUCCUGGGCAUGGACUACGACGACUGGUUGCGCGACAAGGUGGUGUACGGUACGCCCGACUCGGUCACGGAGCGGUUGGCGGAGCUGGAGGAGACCCUGGGGCUGGACCAGCUGAUCUACGAAAUCAAUUACGGCAACCUGAUGCCCGACGAUAUGCAGACGGCGUCCCUGCGCCUCUUCAACAAGAAAGUCUUGCCAAAACUGACAUGA